AAAUAUUGUUGGUGUCACCGGUAACAAUCUGAAAUGAUGAAUCCUAUCUAUUUAGACAAUUUAGUCCUAGGGCCUAUAUAUUUUUGAAAAUGUUUUUAAAAGGAGAGUACCUCAAUAAAGAUAAAUCGUGGACUCCUUUUGUCGCUCAGCUUAUUGUAAGAACUUCUAUUAUUUUUUAAAAUGAAUUAUGGGGGUAAAAAUAAAGCUCAUUUUGAAAGUAAAGGAAGUUUAUCAUGUCAUAUAGUAUAAUACAGUAUAGUAGUAAAUUAGUAGGUUAAUAGAAAUAAAAGGCGUACAAAAGCGGAAAUUAAAAAUGAAUCGUCAACGUCACCAUAGUGCCAAUGCUGCCAGACAAGGGUGGAAGCUUGUUGGCCUGUCAGAACCAUAAUUUAUGAAUGUUAUCUAUCUAUGCCUAUAAUUAUAAUGAAAUGUAUCCAUUGCCACUGUUGGCUAAAAUAAAAUUUAGAAUCAUGAAAUUAUUGAAAGGUCUUCAAUGACAAUGGUAUGAGAAAAAGUAUGGGUAUCAUUAAUAAUGUCAUUAAUGUCUUUCUUUGCAUUUGAUUUCUUUUGUCUUUUUAACUCUGAAUUACUUAUUACUAUGACUACUAAUGACUAAUGAUGAAAUAUUGUUUAUUAAUAAUUAAUGACACUUAACUAGGCCUACCAUUCAGUUCAUUCAGUAUUGCCUUAGAUGUCUACCCUUUUAAAUUGAAACACAUACACAACAAACUAUCCUAUUUAUGACUUUUGACAUAUAUAGAUACUAUAAUUACUAAGACAUAUUAUGCAUGAUGCAGUAUCAUAGUAAACUUAAAAGCUAAAUAUGUCUCCUCCUUAACUACCUUUGUCAUUUGUAAAAAUUCUGUCUUUUGUUACAGGUAAUUGGCUUAAUUGGUCAAAGUCAAUGACAUUAAAUUACGCAAGUUACAUCUGUUAAAGAAGGAAACAGCUAUCAUAUUAGUUAAAAUGUUUGCCAUUCCAUGGACCAAACUUAUAAUUGCUGCUUUUGUGGGUUAUAUAUCUUACAGUGUGUACACCGUUUAUUCUGUUUUUGUACCAUCUGCAUGUACACAGCCGAAAAUUUGCAUUCACCCCUUCUCAGAUGAUUCUCUCAAAUUGGGAGUAAGUAUCUUUUUUAAACAAAAUGGUUUUUAGAUCUUUUUAAAGGCAUUGGCAUUGGAAUUAAUACAGUAAGUUUAAGGGUUAGAAAAUUUACAUGAGCAUGGGUGUUAUUGAAUUAAAGAUUAAAUUGUUUAACACAUUCAAAAAUUUCUUCAUAUUGCGGAUAAGGUAAUUUAAUGGUUUGAGUAGUUUGAUUAAACAGAGAUUUUAACAGAGUCUGGUGUUUCAUUAUUAAUGUCAUAAUUAUUAUCAUGCCGUGGGAAAGAAAAGAGAAACACUGCUGGGGGGAAGGGGGUGGGGUUGAAAAUGACACCCCUCCCCCUUUUCAUCAAUAAAUGAUAUAACCUUAUAUUUAUGGAUAAUUGAUUUUUUGCCCCCCCCCCCCUUUCCUUUUUCUCCCCUGAUGUUGGCAUUGGGGAAGCUUCCUCCCUUUGCCCUUCCUCUCUCACACACACCUUUUGCUAUGGCAGAUUAUAAUACAAAAGAAGGAGAGCAAGAGAGCAAUUAUUGCCCUUCUUUAAAAAAUAUGUAAGAAAUUGUUAAGUAUAUUUUAGUUUUACUUCAAAGGUUAUCCCUCUUCUACAGCUACAGAUAUCUGUUUCAACACAGAAAAAAUUGGAUACUAGAAAGAAAAGUGAUUUAACAAGUGUUUGGAAUUAUAGCAAUUUCUCCAUCAAUGAAGUUGUUGAAAAGUAAGCUCUUUUAAAUAUAUUAAUUUUUAUAACAUGACGCAACAUCUGAAACUAUACCUAAUCUAACAACUAAAAUUUAACUAAUGAACAAUUAAUAUGUCAUUUAAUAUGUUUUCAAGUUCAGAUUUUGAAUAAUAUUGAAAUUUUGUUGUUAUUUCACUCUUAUUAUUAUUAUUUAUCUUAAUAUUAAUUUGCAGAACAUUUAACGUCAGCAUUCCGACAGCGACACGAAAUAAUGGCUCACUUUACGUACAUGCUUUACUGUACCACCGAGGUCAAAAUCCCAAAGAUUCAUAUGUAUCACAUUAUGUCUCUCCUAUAACCACAUUAGCCCUCCCACAAACAGUGUAUGUCAACUUGCUCGGUGGCUCUGAAGAGGAUGUAAGUUUAAAAUAUUAAAUUUAAAACAGAAUUUCAAUGACAUCUGCAUAAGAGACGAAAUUACCAAUUAAAUGGCUGUCUAAUUACAGGUUAAGCCUACUAAUAAUUUUGUAUGAUAAAUAAAAUAAGAUGUCAACACCUUUAUUAUUUACCUUGCAACCCAUGACCUUUCGGUCUUAUAACCAAGAUUUGCCAAGCUAAUUUAAUUGUAAAUCUAAAAGAAAAAAAACUGCCUCUACAGGGGUCAAUGGUCCUCAUCAUGACAUUGCAACAUAUGUGAAUAAAAGUCUUUCCCUGUAUAUUCCUACUGAUUUAAAUUUAUUUGGAAACAUUUUUGACACUCGAGUCAUUAAAAUUCCAUUGAUGGCCAUGUAUAAUAUAGUUUGGUGCACAUAUCUAAAUUUAUUCUCUACCAAAACUAUAUUUCUUAAAUUUCAUAUAAAUAUGUUGGAUUUCACCAAAGUAAACAAAAUAUACAUACAUGCGUACAUAUAAAUCCUCUGUUUAAAAAUGGAAAAUUAACAUGUACAGGUUGAAGCUGUUAAAAAGAAAUCCUCAGAUCCUGAAGGAUCCAAUACUGACAAAAAGCCUCACACUCACUGGCGUCCACUGUUAACAGUUAAUGUACUUCAUGACAGCGCUGCACUGCAUCGCUACCAGAUUCCUCAAGAAAUAUAUUACCACCUGACGUAUGUAAAUAGCAAUAAAAUUAUGUUAACUGCAAAGUUAUUAAUGUCUUUUUAAAACAAGUUUUUUUUUAAAUUUCAUUUCAAAUUUCACCUACAUAAAAAAGCUAUCAGGGCACUAAGGAUAAAAGUUAAUUUUUGUUUAAACAAAAGUUUUUAGAAUUUGCUUGUUAAUACUGGAAGGGAACUAAUUUUUUUUAAAUCCUUUUAUUUCAUUGACUCAAGAUCUGUAAUCAUUUACUUUAAAAACUCUAUUUGACUUACUCAUACUAUUGUUGAAAUAUGUAAAAUUAAAAAAAACUUUCAGUAAGACUUUUGAAAGGACUUAGAGCAUUCUUUUUAUUAUCUACAAGUCAGAUAUUAAAAAGGGAGCGUUUUCUUCAUGGUAAUUGUUUGUUAUUUUUUGGGUGUAUUUUUUUUCUUAUUUCUAACCUUAAUUUGUGUCUGUUGCCAUCAAAAGUUUAAAACUAAUAUUCCUCAAAGUAUUUAUGUCCUAGCGUUUAAUCAGAAUCAUUAUAUUAUUCAGCAUUGCUCAAGAUGGAAAACAUUAUUUUCCAGUCGUCUUCAUUGAUGAGAUGGGAUUUCGUCUCUCAGACCUCAUGGUGAAUUUUAUAUUCUUUAUAUAUUUUUAGUACUGUAACAUUACCUAUAGCAAUAGUUUUUCUGGUGAAAUGGGAUUUAUUUUAUUGUUUGCCUAAGAUGCUGCUCCUGUUAUGUAGGUGAGACUGGAAGAAAGUUAUUUGAUAUGCUCAAUAAACAUCUUUGUGAUAUUGAACAAAACAAGCUAUCUCUGGUCUCAUCUCAUUUGAACGGAGGUGAACAUAGGGAUACAUCAAUGUAUCCAUCAUGGCUCUAAUUUCUUGGACUAUUGUUACGGCAACAGCGAGAUUGAACAAUGAAAAAAAAUUAAUUCAGAUUUUUGGCAGCAUGUCACCACAUGAAAUCAAUCAAAUACUCGCUUACUAGUGGACCUCAAUUUCCCUCCAUUUCUAUUCUCAAUUUUUGUUGUUUAAAAUGUUAAACUUUACAUUAUUAACACUUAAAUUAUUUUACCUUGAUAGUAUGCACCACAAAAUUAUGUGGGACGCACAUUUUAGUUUUGAACAACUCUACUUCUGUUUUGAACAGAGUGUUUUUAUUUCUUAAUAUAGACAGAGAGAAAUACAUUUUGUCAGUAUCUUCGAUCACCAAAGUUCGCAUGUUUAUUUUUGUUGUUUCUUGUUCGGUCUUUUCUGUUGAAGAAGGCAUUUAGCGAAAACGUCUUUUCAAUUGUCUCGUCUUUUUUCUUUCAAGACCGAAUGUUGAUUGUUCCACUUUUUGUUUAGUUUAUUGAAAUGUUUAAAUAUAUGUAUAAAUAUCACAUGAUAAACCUUUGUUAAAAAAACAUCACUUUGUUGAAUCCAUGUUUAGCCUGUGAACGAAUCAUCCACUGUUUUGCCGCUGACAGUAAAGUAUACCCCAAUAUCACUUUGGAAAAUGAGGUUGUGGAUUGGUUUUUCCCAGUCAAUGAAAACGCUUAAACAAUUCGGUAAUAAAUUUUUAUAUUUAAUUUGUAUUAAAUCUAUUUUCAGGUCCAACUGACAUUUAAUAUUUGCGGUUUAUUUUUACUACAUAAGAUAUCCUAUUGUCUCCAGAACGCUUAGAUUAUUUCAGCUGUUUUACACACCCCCAUCUCACCUAAUCCCUGACAUUCAUUUUUACUCUAGGUUUCACAGAGAAAGAUGUGGAUGAAGUGAAAGGGAUUUUGGUGGACACAAACGCAUAUUUGCUGAUUCUGACUUUUGUUGUCUCAUUAUUUCAUGUAAGCUGAAAUCACACUGAUUAUUUUCUGACUUUAUAAGUACUUUCAUUGGCUGGCUGCAGCAAUCUUGGCGAAACAUCCUUUUAAAAAAAAAAUUUUAAUGGUAAAGUUAAAAAUGUAAGCAUCAAAAUUUUAAUUUUUCAGCUGUUGUUUGACUUCCUGGCUUUCAAGAGUGAAGUCAUGUAUUGGCGCUCUAGGGAAACGAUGGUUGGACUGUCCACCCGAGUAGGUUAGUAAUCAUUAAAUAUCUCUGUGUGGUCAUUUAGCUAAUGCCUCAGAGAAUUAAUUCUUUUGAAACUAUGGCGAACUAGAUUGACUUAGGGGCGUGAAUGUUUUUUAUAGAAAGUUGUUGAUUGUGAGAGGUUUUGCGAGUUGCAGGUCGUGGGAUUAGUUCAUGGUUUUGAGUGUAUGCCAAGACUUAGUUAUGAAGAGAGGGUUUUAAUAAAAAAGGUGCUGUGUUGAGUGAUAUUGAGAGCAGGGCAGUUGUUCAGCGUGAUAGUGCAAGUGUUAGUGAUCGAGAGUAAGAGCAGUGCGACUGUAGUGUUGUUUCUAAAGAGGAUGUUUUCUUGAACCUGUUAAUAGUCUGUGUAAAUAAAGAACUGUAGUAUUUUUAUCCUGUAGUUUGGUGAUUUAUAUUGUGAUUGUAACCCCUAGACAAUGUGGAGCCUACUGCCCGUUCAGUAAACGCUCUUACUGCGGGAGUUGUUAAUGUAGAAAGAGGAAGAUCCUAACAUGUGAAGUCUUAACGUUAAGAAGAUCAUAACACUCUAUUUAUUUUGCUGUCUUUUUGUUGUUAUUUUCACAUUUUUAAUAAUGGAUUUAUCUUCAAUAUCUUCAGUCUUUUUAUUUGUCAAUAUCAUUAUUAUAGUUGUAUGGCGGUGCCUGUCUACUGGUAUAAUAUUCCUUUACCUAAUGGAUGAAAAGACAAGUCUCUUGGUUCUCAUUCCAGCAGGCAUUGGAAUGUUGAUUGAGGUAAUACACGUCCACUGUUUUAAUAAAAUAUUAGUAGAAAGGUUUGUCUUAUUAAAGAUAACAAUUUUAUUUUUUUUAAAUUAAAUAGCAGUAAACAAAAUUUAAUGCUGUUAUACUGAAAAUAUUUUCAAAAAUGAAAAAAAGACAUUUUAGUUUUGUCUACAUUUAAUUCAAAUCACUGGGCUUCAUAGAGUACCAUACUACCCUUUUGUCCAGACUUUAUUAGCCUAACGGUACUGCAUUUUAAGAAAUUUAAAAUUAUUUUCUACUUAAAGGUGCGUUUAAACUCAUCUUUAUAAGAAAGUCUUUUUUUAAAAAAAUGUUUUUAUAAUACUCUUUAUUAUAUAAUUAUGUUAAAUAUUAAAAAAAAAUUAUUGUCCUUUGAUUCUUUGUAACAUAGAAAAUUAAUCUCAGCGGUAUGUUGAAUCUGAUUUGAAGAUAACCUCUCAUCAACAGCUUUGGAAAGUAACAAAGGCUAUGAAGAUAACAGUCAUUUUCACUGGGUUCAAACCAACUGUUCAGGUACAUCAUGAACUAUUAUAUAUUAUGACUAUAAAAUUGUAUGAGUGUUAAUUGACAGACAGUUCAAGCUCUUUAAUCAGUCCUACUUGUUUAGUUCAUCUGGGGAAGUGUAGUAGUUAAGAUACUUACUUAUGUCAUUAUCUUUCAGUAAACAGUUUAGACACACAGGUUUGUUAACAGGUUGAUAGAAAUUUAUAAACAUGAAUAAUUAAGAUGUAUAUGAAAAACUAAAUUUAAGAAGAAAAUGCUGGUUCUUUUAAUUAGUUCAAUCUUUAAAAUUCUUCAGCUUAACUGUUUAAUAUAUAUAAUUUCUUAGCUUAACACUUUGACAAACAUAUUUUGAACCUGGCUUAAAAUUUAAUAUUUUAUUUUUCUCUACUUGUGCCAAGUUCGGAGAAAGCAGCGAAAAAGAAAAAGAGACCCAAGCUUUUGAUUCUGAGGUUUGUUUUAUAUAGUUAACAAGUGUUGGAAAAUACAAAAUUAGGUAACAGUGUUCAGCUAAACAGUUGUUGUUUGUUUUUUUUGUGUAAAUAGUAAUUUUAGAAAAUUUCUUUGCAGGCUAUGAAGUACUUGGCAUACGUUUUAUAUCCUCUAUGUAUAGGAGGGGCUCUGUACUCGCUUAUCUAUGUUCAACAUAAAAGGUCAGUGCUGAGCGUUCAACCUAAAAAUUCCUCUAUUUUUCUGCCUCUCUCAUCAUAUUAUUUUAUUUUCUGUGUUCCUGGCUUCAGUUUGUUAAUUUGUUGUUUGGACAAGCUGAAAUUUAAAAUAUAGUUGUAAAUUUGUGCUUUAAGGUUUUUUUACACGCUUUACUAUGUUGACAUGAUGUCACUUACUGAACUUGUAAGUUAAAAGUUAAUACUUUUGGAGGGGGGGGGGUUGUGAUGUACCUUACAUAGUUUUCCCUGUUUCUUCCCAUCAGUUUAAGUCAAUGACAUGUUUCUUUUCUGUUGUAGCUGGUACUCAUGGAGCAUUCACAGUCUGGUGCAUGGUAGGUCGCUAUGUUUGACGAGUCCAUUGAUCUGAGAUGAUUGAUUUGUUAACAAAAAUUAUAACAUUUUAAAGAAUUUAACAUUGGUGACAAGCAGCCAAACGAAUAAACUACCAAAACAAAAGGAAUACAAAAAAUAUUUCUGUUUAACUCCUGUUUUUGUAUUUAUUUUAUUUGACAUCUCUUCUUAUCCCAUUUAUUCUAUUUCUUCUCAUCAGGUGUUUAUGCCUUUGGGUUUUUAUUCAUGCUGCCUCAAUUGUUUGUCAAUUACAAGGUCAGUGCCACAGUUUCAUUUUGUCUAAAAAGACUACUUUUGUCAUGUUUAGACUAAUACUGUUACAGUAAACUUAAGCCUGCUGUCUAUAAUGACCACAUUUGAAUACUUUCCUGAGGGAUCGUUUGGUUAGUAUUUUAUAGUUUCAAAUUUGGGGAUGCCUUUUAAUGAACCCCAAAAAAUAUGUUUUAGCCAACAUCUUUCUUUCUACCUUCAGAACAGCUACAUUUAAUUCUUAUUGGUUGGUGCUUCUUACGUUGCAUUGUCAUAAAGUAGCUUUAAAUUGCCACUUGAAAAAAAUACUUGAUCAUCACACGUGGCUCAUUCCUUCAUGUAUUUUCACACAGCUGAAAUCUGUGGCCCAUUUACCAUGGAGAGCUUUUAUGUACAAGGUAAGUCUGGUUUCAGUUUUACAGAUGGAAUUUCAUUUUACACUUAUUUUUUAAAACUGUAGCAUUGAAAUCAUUAUAGUAUCAAAUAGUUAAACUCUAUCAUAAAUAGUAGCACAGAGUUAAACUUUAGCAUUAAUGGUAGAAAUCUUAGUGUUGUCCUAAGUAUUUAUUAUGACAGCGGAGGGGGGGGGGAAUUAGCUACAUUUAACAUAACCCAGGAUCCUAACAAUUGCAGAUCCUAGAGAAUCCUGCCAGCAGUUUUCAUUCAGAAGUUACAUCAAGUCACUUUUACCAUUGAAUCAACGUGUCACUAUUAUCAUUGACGCUUUAAGCCACUAUUACUCACAUUACCAUUGAAGCAUCAUAUUAAACCAUUGUCACCAUUGAACCAAAGUGCCACUAUUACCAAUGAAACAUUAAAUUAAAUUACUAUUACCAUUGAAUCAAAAUGUUAAUAUUACUAUUGAAGCAUGGAUGCCUACAUUUGUUGAGCUAUUUUUGUUCCACUCCAAUUUCAGAUUCAUUAAAGUAGAUUAACUAACAUAUUGUAUAAUUUUCUGUCUCGGGUUAAUCCUGUAAUAUAGGCCAAAACGUGCCAAAGUGUCCUCGUUUUAUAGCCAUUUUAAUUGUUUCUAUAGUAUAGUAGUUACUAUCCUAAUGUCUCAUUUUUAUUUUAGUUAGUUUACAUGUUUUUAAUAAUUGUAAAGCGCUUAGAGCUUUAAGGUAAGCGCUAAAUAAAAACUCCUAAAUAAAUAAAUAAAUAAAUAAUGAAUUUUUUAAGCUACUUUUUAUUUCCACCACCAGGCUGUCAACACAUUUAUAGAUGACAUCUUUGCAUUUAUCAUCACAAUGCCAACCUCCCAUCGGUUGGCGUGCUUCAGGGACGACAUUGUCUUUCUGAUUUACUUGUACCAGAGAUGGUAAGUCAUUGCCUCGGGUCUGAGCCUCUACACAACACACGGGGACCAUACCAGUUAACUCAUUGUUUCACCCAUUCUGUGUAAGAGAGAUGUCAUUUUCAUAUUAGGCCGGUCACUUGCUGCACUAAGUGAAAGAAUGAAGUCUCUUCUAUUAGCUUCAAAUAAUGUAUGUUAGAUUGGUCAUCUAUGGUUGAGAAUGCAAUAACUUUUGGUCUACACUAUGUUUUUUAAAAAUCAAUUGAGACUAAAAGGGACACAAAAUAUUUAAUAAGCAUUACGGCAUAUUUUCUUGUGUUCUAUCUUCCAGGCUUUAUCCAGUGGACAAAAAAAGACAAAAUGAGUUUGGCGAGAGCUUUGAUGAUGGCAAAUCUCAUGAGACCAAGAAAACCAAAUAAGAAAUGACUCAUCAAUGUUGUAUUAAGAAUCUUUUUAUGAUGCUCACUAUGAUGUUGCAUUCUGAAAUUUUUAAUAUAUCAAAUCUUUCAAAAUAAGUUGUUUUGAUUUGACAUCUCUUGGUGUGGACAAUUAUGCAAUUAAUUUUGUAACGAAAAAAAAAAAAUGAGUCAACUUUUUUUAAUUACAAAUUUCUUUGUUUUGUUUUUUCCUCUCUCCAAACCUUUUUUUUUUCAAUAUUCCAACAUGGAAACCAAUGACUCUCCAACAGGCCAAAUUAAUUGUUGUCACUGGAAACAUUGUCAACAGGCCUCUGAUUUCCUGCUAUUAACUUGUGUUACAAUUCAAGAGUCAUUUCAACAUGCUUUUUAAACUUAUUUGACAUCUCAUGUGUAUGACACACAAAGCACAGCUGAAAUCAAAACAAGAUUAUUCUGAAAUGACAACACAUUUUAAUCAUGUUGUGGAAAUGUCAUACAAAAUUUCUCAAAUAAGUUACUUUUAAAAAGGUAUUUCCAUUUUAUUUGCUGAUGUAAGUUAUUUUUAUUUAAAAGAAAUGUUUUUGUUUUUUUCUUACUGGCUAAGUGACAUCUGCUUUUAAAAUGUUUAUAAAGUGUUCCUUUUGUUUUAUUUUUCUUUGGUUGAUAUUUUAAUUAAUUAAGCUUUUGUUAGUUGUCAUCUGUAUACAAAUGAUGCUUUUAUUUAUUUUUAUUUUUUUCAUUUCUUUCAAAUAUUUAAUUUUGUGCAUCAUUUCAAACAAAUUCUUGGUAGUUAAAACUAGACUGCAAUGAAGUAAGCCAAAUUUUCACCACAGUUCCAAUGUCACAAACAUUAUUAUGUUCAUUUAAUGAACACUGCUUUUGUAUGGCCUGUCUAGUCAUCACACUCAAAAGCCCUUGUAACUGUUUGUUAAGAAUAUUUUACACCUUCAGGGUAUAAAUAUAUUUUAUCAAUAAUUUAAACAGCCGCAUUGACACUUUCCCAAUAUGGCCUUGAUACAUAACCAUUUUUUCUUUGUGGUUAUGAUCAGUUUAUAUUUUAUAAAUAAAUUUGAUAAUAACUAUCUUUGUUGCUUAUGAGUAUUAGAAGUUUGGCCAAGUUGAAACGCAACAUAUGGAAAUAACUUACCAUUUCUGAAUAUUUGAACUUUUUAAAAAAAGAAGCAUUUUUCUGCAUACAUUCAAAGCUUUUUAGAAUCACCAGGCCUCAGAGACGUACCUUUCAUUAGUUUCAUUCCUGUUUCUGAGAAAACAUAAGUUGGACCAAUCUCAUGUAAAAGUUACCCAGAAUUUAUCAUUUUUAAAAAAAACGGUAAUGUAUUAUAGUUGUACCAUUUAUUGCAAUGUAUUUUUAGAGUAUCCAGAAAGUAGACAUAUAUUUCUUAAAUUUAAAAGAUAAAAUAUGUGAAACUUGAUUAAUAUAAAUCUAAACUAUAAAUUGUCAUUAUGAGACAAGACACCAGGUUACCAACCCAGUAACAUAAACAACCUACCUUAUGUUUACCUUUUUUUUAAAUUGUUGCUUGGAAGCAGUUGCGAGAAUUUUGUAAACCACUCUUGUUUUAUUUACAACCGUCUUGUGAGUUAUCCAUGAACUUUUUUCAUUUUUUAAACUUGAUGUGUUCAGGUUUUUAGUUUUAGGUCUCAUGUUAAUCUCCAAUUUCUCAAGUCUUCUGUGAUGUUCUGGGUUUUCUUAGGUUUUUACCUCAGGGUGUUUACCAUUGUCACAUUACAGCUUACUACAAAAAUUGGUGGUUUCCUAUUGCCAUAUGAACUAACAUAAUUAGUGUGUUGUGGAAAAAUGCCUUUGUAAGACUUUCUGUGUGUAAAAUAUGUUAAGAUUCUUGAUAUUUCCAAUGUCCUGUAAGCUUCAGUGUCUCUUGUGACCUUACAACUGUUCAAGCCACUGCAGUGACCUUUAUGAAGAUUAUUAAGAUCAUCGAUCAAUAAUAAGAAAUGGACUUUUAUUCAGUCAUCCAAAGAAGGGUAGGGGACCUUCCCCCCCCCCCCCCCCCCCCUUAAACAACCACUUUUUUUUUUUUUUUUAAAAAAAAAAUUGACUUUUAUUCACUCCUCCAAAGAAGGGUGGGGGGCCUUCCCCCCCCCCCCCCAACUUAUAAACCACAUUCUUCUUUUUAUGCUGUAGAGAUCCUCUGAGUACUUUUCAGUACCAGUAAACAUUAUGACCAAUUUUUUUAUGGGUAGUGCAUGUUUCAGUGCCAAAACUAGGCAUAAUGGUAACCAGGGCAAGCUAUAACUCCAUGUCCUCCAGCCCAACAUACACUAAAUUCAAUUCCAGUUGUUAUGCCCUGAGGGUAUGCUUUUGGCCUUGCUAAGUUUCAUCCCUGGAAACUAUAUAAUCCGCUUAAACAUAAAAAUUUCAAGGAAAAUAAAAUAUUUGUUACUUUAAGACAAUCCUAUUAAUGACUAAUUUUCAGUGUGCGUUUUUUUUGGUUUAUUUUUAUAGUAAAAAAAAUGUAUCUACUCUGUCAGUUUUAUGGGGUGGGGGGAUCAGUGCGGGGGCAGAAAUCAAGGGUUCCCAUUUAAAUGAGAUCCAAAGAAUGUUCUCACAACAGCUAUAAUAUUUAGGUUUCAGGCUAAUUUCCUCAGGUUCCCAAGCAUACUGCACUAACCUUUCAAAAACCACACAACUUAGUUUUGAAGAUAAUUAUUUUAAAAUAAUUAACUGAAUAAAUGGCUUGAUUUUCUUAUUAAAGUUUAUUUUAAA